AUCACGUGGGAUUUGCCGGCGCCGUUUAGACAGUUUAGAUGCCGCUUGUUUUCGAUGUGAUCCUUGCGAGCGUAGUGUCUAACUUGUGAGUCGCCACGUUUCACCAGGGUAUUGUCGCGAUUAUUGGGACAUUUACGCGAAACCAUGUUCACUCCGCGUCGUGGAGGCUCCUCCGGAGGUUCUUUCCUCACAACCCCUCACUCGCUGUCCAAAAGUCGACGCAGUGGUACACCGUUAGCGUACGGCCGGUCGCCAUGCACGCCUGGCAUGCUCUCGCUCAGUCAACUUCAAGACAGCUCCCUGCACCAGUCCCAAGUGCUUGAGGAGACUGCGGACCACGUCGUUGAACUGUUCGGCAACAUUUUACCAGUACUUGUCAGUGAAGCUCUGGUUGAUGCCGAACCUGGUACAGAUAUCAGUGCCCGCAUUUCGAGCUGCGGCUGGGCAUGGCUCGUCUGUGGUCGAAAGUUGUUUGUGUGGCAGUACAAACAGGGAUCACGUAACAGAAGUUGCCGCAUGCUGACUUUGCCGCCGAGCGACCUGGCUCAUCGUGCGGAUUUGGUUUGCGUGCUACUGAGGGACGAACUUGCUCCUGCUGCCCUGGCAGUGGCCCCGGCAGGCAUCCUCCGCUACUGGCCCAACAUUGCCCAUGAAGGCUCUUCGACUGAUGCCCUGGCAGAUCUCCAGGGAGAGGAAUGCUACUCCCUCACCAAUACACAGCCCAUUGGCUGCAUUUUGGCCACCACCACAAGCUCCCUGAUGCUGGUCACACCAUCCGUGGUUGACGGACAAACAGCGCUGCUAAUCAAGCCUCUCAAGGCACCUCAGGGACUCUUGGCUGGAAUAGGUCGACGGGUGUCCUCAUUCAUUUUUGGAGCCAUGCCUUCUCAGUCGUCCGAAGCGAGGCACCUUGUGAAGGUGCUUGUGGAACCAACAGACGAGGAGGAAGAGAAGUAUGUGUACGUGCUGCUGCGUAACACUCUCCAGAAGUGGUUUCUGGAAGAAGCAGGACCUGAAAAGUUGUGUGGCGAGUGUGACUUGGAUCGUGCCAUGAAAGAACAGUUCCACGAAGCUCUGUGGGAACAUGGGAACACAUAUCCGAGGCACUUGAAGGCCUGGUGCAUUGACAUGCAGUUGUCGGCGAAUGGAGUGGCCGUACUGAUGGCUGCCCUCAACCCCCAGGUUUCUCAACAGCUUCACUAUGCUAUCGGCACUGUGGACGUCCGAAACGUGGGCUCGCCUAAUGACAUCCCAGUCAGCUUUACAGAUUUCACGGUGCUUCGUUUCUCGGAGCAGUACACGGAAAGGAAUGAAGAAUCGUUGCUGAGCUACAAAUUUGUCCUUCCAUCGGUGAACCGUCGUACAAGCUUUGUUUAUGGUGCCACCAAAGUGUACUGCGUGACCCCUGGCAGCAACGGGGACGACCCAGAUGUGAUAGAAUUCAAGAAAGACAAGCUUCUUGGAGCAGGUUCCUACGAAGGAACACCGCUGUUCUUUUCACAUGUUCACGGCAUUGUCUGCAUUCGUUCAGUCCAUGCACCUGCGCAUGAUGCAAGCCGUACCGUGGAACUUUUGCUUCAAGAUCAUGGUUCUACUGAUGAUAAAAUGGAGGUGACAAGUGUCGAUGACAGCAAUUUUGCCAAGCUGCGUUCAGCAUUUGUACUGUUUUGCAAGAGUGAAAUGCUGAGGAGCGAGGCAAUCAUUGACGAAAUCUUUCUGGGCCGUACGGAACCGUCCAGCGAGCCAGACUCUGCGCUGGACACCUGUGUAUCUCGCUUGGGCUAUCGGCUUGUCGAUGAUGUGCCAGCUUCGGAUCCUCGAUGGGCACACCAGCACGCAGCAGGCGGCCUUGGAUCGUCCUCUCUGUCGCUCCUCAUCCACCACCAGCUUGAAGACAAGCUGCGUGCCCACCAGCUGCUCCUUAGUUUCCUCAAGGGCGUGAGCCUCUGGCAAAGGCUUUAUGCCGUCACUGUGCGUGGAUCGCCGAUGGCCACCAACUUGCUGCUGCAGGAACAGGCCGAAAAGCUAGUCGCUGCCAUGCAGCUGCGCUCACUCCAGGCCCAGUUCUGUGCUGUGAUCGACGCUGGCAUCAAGCGUGUAAUCGAGGCACGUAGGGUCUCUGCGUCUGGGCGACUGACAGCAACGGACCACUUUUACCAGCAGGUCUCAGAACUUGACAAAAUUUUUCCUGCCCUUGUUGAAGAGGAGGAAGCUGAGCUGAACAAGGGAAUAUCUCCCAAAGACGAGUUUGCACUGAUCACCGGAGUGAACGCAAUCUUUGUGAAAGUCUUGCAAGAGGUGUGCCUGUUCAGGGAGAAGGAGCAGCUAGUUUACGAAGCUGCCCGAGAAAUUUCCCUCGAGUUUCGGCCGUGGACGUCAGCACUUCGAGAUGUCCUUUGCAAGCAGCAUAACAUGACGGCCAUAAGCGCAGUUCCACUGGCCGAUGACGCUGCGUCUCGUGGAAGGGUGUUCCAGCAGCUUUGCGACCUGGCAGACCUGGUGCUCAGUGGCUACAAGAUCCAGUUGGAGUCGCUCGGCCAUGACCCAGCAGUGUACGAGGCACUCGAGCUGCAGUACCAGCAGGACAGGAAGCGCCUCAUUGCUCCUCUCAUCAAGGCCACCCAGUACGAAAGGGCAGCAGCACUGGCGGAGAAGUACUACGACUUUUCAUCCCUGGUUGAAAUUUGCGAGACCACCAAGAACAAGGACAAGCUGCAGAACUACAUGAUCCAGUUUGCCGAUCAGGGAUUUCCAGAGUUUGUGUUCAAGUGGCAGCUUGACUCAGGACGACGUGGAGAGCUGCUGCGUCAGCCGGCUUCACAGCACCGCAACCUCGAGCGUUUCCUGGAGGGCCACGACUCCCUCAGCUGGCUGCAUGCCAUCCAAAUGGGAAAGAUGGGCCAGGCUGCAAACACACUGCACAGUCUGGGCCUGCGGGAGGACAAAUACUUGGCUCGAAAGAAGACGCUGUUAAGCCUCAGCAAGUUAGCAGCUCUUGCCAAUGGUGGCCCGCCUGAGUCCCGUGCCGACCUCAUCAAAAGCAUCAACAAAGAGCAUGAACUGAUUAUGUACCAGGAAUCACUUCCAGCAGCAGUGAAAGAGGCUUACUGCUUAGACCCGAAGAACAUGAGUGUGCUUGGACCAGAGGAGCUGAUAGAGAUGUACAUCAGCCGAGACAAUGUGAAUGCCGACGAGUAUGACUUUGCCAAGGCUCUCGAGCUGCUGAGCUUCGUCACGGACCAGACGAGAGCCCAGAUGCUGCGCAUGCGCAUCUGGUGUGCAGCCAUCCUCAGGAACCAGUGGGAGGACUUGAACACUGACGAUCCUGUUAGCAUCAUGCCCGAUCUGCUUUUCUUCAGAAUUGCAGAACUGCACUUUUCCAAGGGUUUGAACUUGGCCGAGUUCCUGCCUUCUCUGGAUGAGCUUCUCGAGAUGCCGGACUUGCAGGACCUGGGAAGCAACCCCACCUUCUCUUUUAUGCUUGGUGCCGGCUACGAGCACAUGCAACGAGUGGCAGCAUGUUAGAUACCCUGACGUGACAUCCAAGAUUGCAACACUCGUCUCAGUGUAAAAAGAACAUCAUUCAUGCUGGACUGCUUUUUUUCGCUACCAUAGUCUUUUCGUUGCUGUUUUGUGCUUUUUACCACCUUUAUACCGUUGCUUGUACUUCAUCAAACGGAAGUUAACAAAUGCCCACAAAAUAAAAAACAUUUUGCUGCUUUCAUAUGAUGGAAGCAGCAGUCA